UUUCUCUUGAUGAUACUAUAAAUCCAUAAAUUAGGGUUUGUCUCUCUCUCUCUCUCUCAUUGCUGAUGUUUUGAGUUCCUCGAAUAAUCUCACGAAUUUAUUUGAUUUCUCGAGGAUGCUAUAAAUCCAUAAAUUAGGCUGUUCGUCGCUGGAUCCGUCUUCGGCUUGCGAAAAUGCUUCCCCUUUCACUGUUGAAGACAGCGCAAGGGCAUCCCAUGUUAGUGGAGCUGAAGAAUGGGGAGACUUAUAAUGGUCACUUGGUGAAUUGUGAUACCUGGAUGAACAUUCAUCUCCGUGAAGUUAUCUGUACUUCAAAGGAUGGAGACAGGUUUUGGCGAAUGCCUGAAUGCUAUAUUCGUGGAAAUACAAUAAAGUAUCUUCGAGUUCCUGAUGAGGUUAUUGACAAAGUUCAGGAAGAAACCAACAAGAGCCGCUCAGACAGAAGGCCCCCUGGUGUGGGCCGUGGAAGGGGAAGAGGUAGAGAGGAGGCUGGCAGUGGCAGGCCUGCUAAAGGCAUCGGGCGUGGACAAGAUGAUGGUGGUAGAGGAAUUGGAGGCAGCCGUGGCAGGGGUGGACCUAGCGGUAAAGGCAGCGGAAGCAGCAGAGGUGGAGGGCGUGGGCGUGGAUGAUACAAUUUGGGAGGAAGCAAGCAUGUGCCAUUUUUUGAGGCAGUUCUCUCGCUACCUAUGUGAAUGAAUGUAAGAUCUGCUCACUUUUUGCAAUGUAUUUGGGAUUUCACAGAGCAAGAUCAGUUGGAAUGUGGGUGGGAAGGAAGCCUUCUUCAGAGGACUGGGUGCAGUUAGCCAAAAAAAAAAAAUGGAGAGUAAAGCAACUUUGGCUUUGGUGUUUUCAUGAUGAUUUGUUCUGUUUGCUUUUGUUUUACCAUGAUCAUCUUAUAAGAUACAUAUACAUACAUCCGCACACGCAUGCAUGCACACGUACAUAUGCAUGUAUUUGGUGAUGGAAUGAGGAGCCUCCAGCGCAAGGUAUUGUCCAUCUUCUCUAAAACUAAGGUAUUGCAACAUAUAACAGAAACCGUAUAUCAAUGGAUCUGUGGUUGAUGGAUAUUUAGGGUCUUUAGUAGUAAAUGGUGGUCUGGAUUU